GAAAACUACGCGAUGAAGUUGAUCAAUUAAUUCAGCCAAUAGCUUUGUUAAUGGCCGCCUGAAUUCUUUCUGUCUAUUUGUCUCUGUGAUUUUGUGUCUUUCCUUCUAUUUUGCUAUUUCGAGUUCGUGUAACUGACAGAGCAGAACAUGAAAUGGAAAUAGAAGAUACUCGCCGAUGCAUCCUAUGAAGAAAACUAUGAGAAGGAAUAAAUAACUGGAAUGGCAAAGGAGGAAGAGUCAGGUACUCUUAGGUGGGGUGCUUCAUUUUUUAUGCAGACAAAAGAGGAAGUUGCUAGAGCUGUUGCUGCUGCUGUUAAUUCUCCAAGGUCGUCCGCAACAUAUUCAUCAAAAGAUGAUAGUAGUGGUAGCCAACUUCAAAGGCUGCAGUAUCAAGUUACGAAAAUGAUAAAAGGCUUUUCACGCCCUCCUGAUGUUGUAAACACGAAUUACAACCCUGAAAUCCUGACCAGUCUGAAGCGUCAAUGGGCUGCAAACUUUCAGUUGCAGUGCAUGGACCAGAAGUCUUGGAAGGAGCCCUCACGGCUGUUCGAGAGCAUGGUGGUUGUUGGACUUCAUCCUAAUUGUGACAUCCAGGCACUGCAAAGGCAGUAUGUUGAUAGAAAGUUUGAAGGCUCUGGUAAAUUGAGAAGUGCACUUGGUUACCAGAAUCAAUCCCGUGUAGAACCCAAUAUUGAACCUCAGGUCUUAUUUGCUUACCCUCCAGAAAAACAACUGCCUCUUAAAUACAAGGAUCUUCUUUCUUUCUGCUUCCCUGGAGGCUUGGAGGUCCGUGCUGUUGACAGAACCCCUUCCAUGAGUGAGUUGAAUGAAAUUCUUUUUGGGCAGGAACACCUUAAACGAAGGGAUCUGUCAUUUGUAUUCAGGAUACAGGGUGGUGACAACUCAACACUUUAUGGGUGUUGUGUCCUAGUUGAAGAAUUAGUGCAAAAGCCCUCUGGAUUGCUCCCUCUGAUUUCUGAUAAGCAGCCAUCUUACUCUUCUUUGAGACGUCAUAUAUUAACCACACACAGAUGUUACUGCAUUCUUUCAAGGCUUCCAUUUUUCGAAUUGCACUUCGGCGUAUUAAAUAGCAUUUUUACACAAGAAAGGCUAGAGCUCUUGACAAAAAGUGUUGGAGAUUUAAAUCUAGAAUUUGUUGAAAGUAACUAUGAGGAAGAAAACUCAGAGGGCAAUUCUGAUAGUGUGUUAGUGAGCGAUGGACCAAUAGACAGACUUAAUGAAAAUCAAAUAAUCUGUGAAUCAAGAGUACGAAAUUCUACACCUGAAAACAUUGUUGGUGAUGGUCACCCAGAGCACCUAAUGGUAAAUGGUGAGCUGCAGACAUAUAAGGAUAGAAUCAAUUUUGACAAUGUUGUGCCAACUGAGCCUGAAACUGAUAGGACAACAGCCAAAGAAGAAUCUGGCCCUGCAAAUUUUGAAAAUAGUGAACAGUAUGGAGAUGCUUUUGCAACCAUCAAACAAUCAGAAGAUAGGCAUUUACCCACUGCUAUUUUGCCCUUCCUGCGCUUUUGCCAGUAUGAAAGUUCUGAAUCUUCCUGCAGUUUUCAAGGCUCACCUUGUGAUGACAGAAAUUUUAGGAGUGAUGUUGAUAAUGAGACAGAAAAUGGAUCUUUUUCUGGCCAAGAGGAUUUAAAUGACUUAAAUGAUAUUCUUGAAUGGGCCAAGGAAAAUAACCAUGGACCACUACAGAUUAUAACCGAAUAUUACCGUUUAAGUUGCCCUGCAAGGGGCUCAACACUUACAUUUCAUCCUUUGGAGCACCUGCAUCCCUUGGAAUAUCAUAGACCAGAUGAGACAGUUCUGCGUCUCGCUGGUUCAACAGUUGAUUUGAAAUCUUGCAGUACCGGUCUGGAAUUAGCUGAUGCACAUAAUGCUCAUCUGGUGGAAGAGGCAACUGCAUUAUCUGUAUGGGCUGUAGCUUCCAUGUGCGGUACCUUGAGACUAGAAAAUGUGUUAACAUUCUUUGCAGGAGUUCUGUUAGAGCAGCAGAUAGUUGUCGUCUGUUCUAAUUUGGGAUUCUUAUCAGCUUCAGUUUUAUCAGUUAUUCCGCUAAUCCAGCCUUACCGAUGGCAAAGCCUGCUGAUGCCGGUUUUACCGAAUGACAUGCUUGAAUUUUUAGAUGCACCCGUCCCUUAUAUAGUUGGUAUCAAGAACAAGACCAGUGAAGUUCAGUCAAAGUUUAGCAAUGUUAUUCUGAUUGAUGCAAAUAGAAACCAGGUGAAGUCACCAACAUUACCACAACUGCCAAGACAGAAAGAGCUAGUUUCCUCUUUACGUUCUUAUCAUGCAACUCUUGUAGGGGAAAGCUACUUGGGUAGGAAAAGGCCGGUUUAUGAAUGUACAGAAGUGCAGAUUGAAGCUGCGAAGGGGUUUCUUUCAGUGUUAAGAUCUUAUUUGGAUUCUCUUUGCUAUAACAUCCGUUCUCACACAAUUACUAAUGUACAAUCCAAUGACGAUAAGGUAUCUUUGCUUUUGAAGGAGAGUUUCAUCGGCUCGUUCCCUUAUCGUGAUCGGCCUUUUAUGAAGCUUUUCGUGGAUACACAGCUUUUCUCUGUACAUACAGACCUUGUUCUCUCUUUCUUACAAAAGGAAUAAGGCCGCCAUGCAAAACAUUCUGAGAAUAUUGUCUUAUUUCAAGCUUGACGGAAGUUCAUUGUUGCAUAAUUCUCGUAUAUGGAGUUAAAAUUUUCUCCUCUUGACACGUUUACACAAACACCUCCCUUCUAGGGCCCUUCUUUUUGUUUUCCCCCCUUUAGGCUCUCUUCGAGCUUUUAAAUGGUUAUAGGGUUUUGUUCCAUGUAAUUGUCUUUUUUUCUCACACCAAGAGUAAGAGAUGAUAAGCUUAUUCUCAUGCAAAAUGUAAAUAUUGCAACCCGAUUAUAAGAAAGCUACUACCUCUUAUUAUGUGUUACUAACAGUGGUGUUUGGGGAUCAAAGACAACAUGAUCUGGAUUCGAGGCUUGUUAUUUGUUUAAAUGGUUAAUUGCAGUUUGCUUUUGUAGGAUAUUUAUUAGAGACAAAUAAUGGAUA